UUCUCUCAGUCAAGUUCAAUAACACAGCAUAACAGUACCGGGUACCGAGCAGUCGCGUAGCUAACCGUUUGAAAGUAUACAGAGUAUUUGCGUUAAUUUUUUCAAAAGGCGUUCGAAAUUUGCAUUGUGGAGUCCUUUAUGGAGUUGGAAUAAUGAAGUAUAUUAUUAUUAUUGUGAUAAUAUCAUGUAUUACGCCGAUUGUGGUACCGGCUAAAUAUGUUUUGCCGAAAUGGAAGAAACAGCCGUCAACGGUGGCUCUAUACGAGAAGAGUGUUCAGGCCUGCGAGUUACCAGCCGUGCAGAGCGAGCACAGCCAUUACGUGUGCGACGACAAGGGGGAGCCCAAGUGCCUGCCCGGUUGGCAGGGAGAUCUCUGUGACGUGCCUAUAUGUAGGAAGGGCUGCGAUCCGUUGCAAGGGUACUGCAAGAGGCCGGGAGAGUGCCGCUGCAAACUAGGUUUCUAUGGAGAAAGGUGCAAUAAAUGCAUACCUUUACCUGGGUGUCAGCAUGGUUACUGCAAUGUGUCCUUUGAAUGCAUUUGCCGGGAGGGAUGGGAUGGGAUUUUCUGUUCUGAACCCAUGUGUCGUUCUGACUGCCACGCGACCCGCGGUUUCUGCGAGUCGCCCGGGGAAUGCCGCUGCCGGCUCGGCUGGGCGGGGCCCACGUGCCGCGCCUGCCAGCCCCUGCCCGGCUGCCAGCAUGGAUACUGCGACAAGCCGCUAGAGUGUAAAUGCCUGCCGGGGUAUACUGGACUGUUGUGUCAGACGCCAAUCUGCGCGCCAGGAUGCCACGGCGAGCGAGGGUACUGCAGGCGGCCGGGAGAAUGCCGCUGCAAGGUGGGCUGGACGGGUCCCACGUGCGCGCAGUGCCAUCGGUAUCCGGGCUGCGUGCAUGGCACCUGCAACCGACCCUGGGAGUGCAUAUGCAAGAAAGGCUGGGGAGGCAUGUUGUGUGAUGAAGAACUAAAUUACUGUGACAAGAAUCCUGACACAUGUAAAAAUGGCGGGAAAUGCCAGUCCUUAGAAUCCGGUGACGGCUUCUUCAGGUGUCAAUGCCCUCCCGGAGUGAGCGGGAAACAUUGUGAGAACCUUCCAGAAAGCAGUACUUCUAAUAAUGUCACAGACACUACUACUGAAGCUGUCGUAGAAAAUGAAACUACAACAAAAGAAGACGAAGGCAGUGAUGAUAAUGAGACUGAAUAAAUUGUAUAAAUUCAGUAGCCUCUAGUGAAUAUAAAAUAUCUAAUAGAUCAUGGUCUGUACUUUGUUCUUUCGUCUGUUCUUUUAGUACGUAUUUUAGAAUUACAAAAAUUAGCCAUCGAAAAUAAAUUUAAAGGAACCUUUCUGUUGAUAAUAAUUAUUAGUGCUUCACGUUUCUACAAUAUAUUUUGAGUUUCAAAUGAAUAAUACAUUAUUAUUUUGAUUGUAUAGAAUUUUAUUCUAUUGUGCUACCGAGUUCUAUUUUUGGGGUGCCAUUGGGUGAAAUUAAUGAACUUUCAUUAAUGUCUUGUUUCAACAAUGUGCAUUUAAAAUCUUAAUAUAUUUUUAAUAAUAUCUGUAUCAUGUAUUGACUGACUUAAAUUAUUACUCACUAUAGUUUUAAGUAUUUAUUUGUAAAUUAUAAGAUUUUUAUAAUAAAUUAUUUAAAACGU